CACUUCCACCCAACAGUACUCAGCAUUCUCAACCAAGAAGUCAGAAAACAUGAUUGCACUCUUAGUUACAGAUCUUGUUCAGGAGACUGUACCCAAAUUCGGUCCCUUCUGCGGUACUCCAGUGCCCGUCUACGACAACGUGGAUAACGGUAUGGCCAAGUGUAUUGAACAUCUCAGCGGCCCAGCGAGUCGCACCGCCGGCCACGCCAUCAGCUUCCAAGAGCGCAAGAACACCCAAGAAAAACCACUGUACUGUGCUUCUCCCACGAACUGUGAUGUCUGGAACGAUAGGGUCCCCAAGGACACUGUUGCGAUCGAAUACACCGAGAACAAAGGCUGGGGCGGAAGUGUCGGUCUGACACGCAACGGGAAGCCCUGGCAGCAACUCGUAUAUAUUGCCAGUGGAUAUACACUGCUUGGAGUCAUGCACGAGCUCGACCAUGUUCUAGGCAUGGCCCACGAGCACAACCACUCCGACUGCGACACCUACAUCAAAGUCACCCCCAAAGCCCUUGCAGACUGGGAUGCAUGCUGGCAGAGCGUCCACACCCACGAAGACCCGCUCAUCACGCCCGAAAACCUCCGCUGCUCCAUCCGUCUAACCAUCAAAUACGGUUGUACGUGCGCCGCCUUUGUCAAAAACUACGUUGAACCAGGAUGGCCUAUCAAGUCAAACGCCGGCUUCGAUAUCGCCAGCAUCAUGCAUUAUGCCAGUGUAUCCGAGUAUUCGAACCAGCGGUGCAUCACUAAGGGUGAGUAUUGUCCUGUGAUGGCGUAUGUGGAUCCGAAGGAUCAUAGCAAAGGGACGAGGUUGGUGGAACAGGUGAGGAGGCCUAGUGAGAAGGAUUUGAUGUGGGUCAAGAGGAACUAUCCGUGA